CUCAACGGCCUGGGCGCCUGGCUCAAGUGUGCCAGCCUGGCCCCCGACCGGUACCCCCUCACCCUGGCGGCGCAGGCCGUCUGCGCCGUCGCCCAGGUCUUCAUUCUGGGGCUGCCCUCACGCAUCGCAUCCGUCUGGUUCGGCCCCGCCGAGGUCUCCACUGCCUGCGCCGUGGCAGUGCUGGGCAACCAGCUUGGCACUGCAAUUGGGUUUUUGUUGCCACCUGUUUUGGUUCCAAAUACACCCAACGAUCUCGAUCUAAUGGCACAUAACAUCAGCAUCAUGUUCUAUGGAACAGCGAUAGUGUCCACGCUUUUAUUCUUCUUAACAGGAGUCGUGUUUGAAGAAAAGCCCAAAUACCCUCCUAGUCACUCUCAAGCAGUCCUACAAACUAUACCUCCUGAGGAUUACUCCUACAAGCAGUCGAUUAUUAACUUGUUCAAAAAUAUUCCAUUCGUACUUUUGCUGAUCAGUUACGGUAUUAUGACUGGGGCAUUUUAUUCUGUCUCCACAUUAUUAAACCAGAUGAUAGUAACUCAUUAUGAGGGAGAAGAAGUGAACGCUGGGAGAAUUGGCUUGACACUGGUGGUGGCAGGAAUGGUGGGUUCGAUAAUUUGUGGUUUGUGGCUGGAUUACACUAAAACAUACAAGCAAACUACUUUGAUUGUUUACAUUCUCUCUUUCAUUGGGUUGGUGGUAUUUACUUUCACCCUGGACCUCAAAUACCUUAUAGUAGUGUUCGUGACUGGAGGAGUACUCGGGUUCUUCAUGACUGGCUAUCUCCCACUUGGGUUUGAAUUUGCUGUGGAAAUUACAUACCCAGAGUCUGAAGGCACUUCCUCAGGUCUCCUUAAUGCAUCAGCACAGAUAUUUGGAAUUGUCUUUACACUUGUUCAAGGAAAACUCACAACAAACUACAGUCCUCGUGCAGGAAACCUCUUUCUUUGUGCUUGGAUUUUUGUGGGCAUUAUCUUAACAGCCUUAAUAAGAUCAGAUUUGCGAAGACACAAUGUAAAUUCAGGGAUUAUGAAUUUGGAUGUUAAAGCUGUACCAGUUGACAGUCCUGUAGAACCUGAAAGUACUACAUUAAAAAUUCAGUCAGCUUUAUAA